GCCAGGACCUGGCACUUGUAACAGUGGUAGUGUCUGCGAGUCGUCGAGGAAACAGACAUGAAGGGAAGCAGACAUGGAGGGGACGCUAUGAGAAACACGUGAAUAAUGUCCAUAAUCUGAUAUCUAAUAUGGAAGCGAUUUGUGUAAAUUACCUGGAGAAGAACAAAACAUACCUUCAUUAUAUACAACAAAUUAUAACCAAUGAAGCUACCUGAUAACGAUAUUAGCAGAAGAAGGGAAUUGUUGUGCCAUUACUAGCACUGCCUGAAAAAAUGAAAAAUAAGAUGCAUGCAGUGUUAAAGAUUCAGAUGCUAAACCGAAAGUGAAAUUGAUGAUUAUAGAGAAGCUUAAAUCAGCCAUCGACUACAGCCAUCUUCAGUCAAUUCCUAAGAGACGUUUUCAGGUGCAGGGAAUCCCUUAAUUAAGUGAACUUUCCUGAUCGUCUUCCUUGAAACUUAGCCAUGUUUUCGGAAUGCUCUUCCGGCGCGACAAUGAAAGCAAUAAGAUGAAAUUCAGGAAAAGUGAAAGACGAAAAUAUGAACCGUCAAAAUGACAAGGAAGUGGCAGGACGCGGAAGAACACGCGCUGUAAAAGGAAAUUAAGAGACGAAAGAAGGAAAUGACGCAUGGAAUGAUCAUCCAUCCGGGAAUUUUGAUAAAGGCUGCAGCAGGAGGCAGUGAAGCAGGUGGUCAAGGUGGUAAAUGGUGGCUUUGUGGCCGAGUAAACAACAUGUUGUGGACGAGGGCAUGGCGGCGUUGGCAGAGGUGGGCAUGCGUUGGCAUUGGAGUAGUUGUUGGAGCGUGGUUGUUAUUAGCAGCUCCAUGUGCCCUGUUGGCCUGCCCACCCAGAGAUGCCCCAGAAGAAAAAAGUGAAAGUACGGGCCCCUCACAAGAAAGCAGCGAUGCCGCGCACCUCGUCUGCGACACACUUUCACUGGUACCUGCGGGACGUAUGCGGGAACCCAAAGGCUCCCCUCAGCUGGGGGAUAAUGGCCCAUAUAAUGUCCUUUAUGAAUGGAUCCCCAGCUCACGUACUUACACAAACAAUGACUCCGUGACGUACACCACCCAUACAACUCCCGAAAUGGUUAGCCAUGUUGGAGAGCUGGCUUCCCGCUGGUCGGGACCCCUCUCUGUAGCAGUAUACGUUCCUCACUCAGACUUCUGCGUAGCUGCAGCUCGUGUGGCGCGUCUGAGGGCGUGUGGCCCAGCAGCCGUCAGAGAAAAGGUCUCGUGGCACUUGUUUUGGCCCAAAGAUUCACCACCUGCUUCGGAUUGGCGUCUUGUGGUGGACGAAUCUACUUUAGACUGCAGCAAAGAUGACAUAGCAUCCGUCAAAGGCUUCCGCACCAUCGAAGGAUUGCCGUACCCUGUGAACGUUGCUCGAAAUGUUGCAAGAUCAGCGGCAUCAACAUGGUUUGUUCUUCCCUCAGACGUGGAGUUGUAUCCGUCAGCGGGUCUGGCUGAACAGUUCCUCAAGAUGGUUUCACAAGUAGCAACGGGAAAGGACAUAAGGGUUUCCAGUGUUUGGCCUCGUGUUUACGUUGUGCCCGUUUUUGAAGUGGCAUCGGUGGUGCCAGGCAGUAAGGAGGAACUAGUAAAGCAGUACCAGAGAAAUGAUGCUGUCUACUUUCACCGCCAUGUGUGUGCUCACUGCCAAAGAUUUCCUGCGCUUACAGACUGGAUUAAGCUCAUGGGUACUCCAGGAACAAUGCAGGCCUUUUCGGUAGUGAAGCGGCAGUACCCCUAUCACAGAUGGGAGCCUAUCUACAUUUGUACUAAAAACGAGCCCUUGUACGACGAAAGACUCUCGUGGGAGGGCUUACAAGAUAAAAUGACACAGAUGCAUGAAUUAUGUCUCCGGGAUUAUCAUCUCGUCAUCUUGGACCGGGGCUUCCUCGUCCACGCCCCUGGCAUCAAGAGGAGGACGAAAAGCAACGCCAAGGAUAACGCCUGGCGCGAUCCAUUCGUUGCGAAGAACUCCAGAGUCUACGACCAGAUCAUGGAGGAGAUGCAGACCAAAUUCGGUCCCAGUGAAAAGUGUCGUCGGCAUUAGUAUUCUGUGAUGUUAUAGAGGCCGUGAAUCAGUUGUCGAUGGGUGAUAUAAAAAAACAAAGAUAUUAUUGUGAAUCGUCUCGUUGUGUUAUAUUAUCUGUUGAAAGACAGGAAAAAUGAACAUAGACGUAAUUCGUUAUAUCAUAAACUAGCUAAGGCGCAUCUGGUGGCGCCUCCAAUUUGCUCCUGCUUGCAUCAGUGCCUGGUUCCACUUGUUUUCUCAUUUUGUGUUUGUUCAGUCGAAGAGACGAGCGAACUCUCUGUCGCCUUGAAACGCCUUUGAUGAACAUUUCGUUGUUGGAAAUACGCACUGAUGCAGGCCCCACGCUGGUAUGCUCAGUGUUUCCUUCCUACUCGUUCUGUCUGUUCCUCUCCUUCACUGUCCUGUGCGUCCUUGGUGUUAAAAGAAAUAAGAAUAAUGAUAUUUUUCCACUUAGUGUGAUAAAAUUCAUGCGGGUAACUCGAGGUGCUUCAUACUACAGUGUUUAUAGCUAUUGUUGUUAUCAUUGGAACACUGUUGACAAUAUUGUUUUGUGAUUGAUUGAUAAUGAUAGAUAAUGACAGUGAGUGUAUAUUACGUGAAACGCCGUUCAGCAGUUUUCGUCACUGGGUUAGCCCUGGUUCCAGUGAAUGACUCCUUGGCACAAGAAAAUGGAUAGAGCCGCUGACUCGGCUAUUAGCUCAUUUCAAAAAAUGGUGAUGUCCCCAGUUCUCUUCGGUCUGGUGCAACCAUCCAUUCAGUGUGUUGCCCUGCAAAGCGAAGCAACGACGACGAUUUUUUUUUUUUUUUCAGGUGGCCACAAGGACACCGUCUUGGUACUCAAAGAUCCGGAUUCAGAAAGAUUCUGAGAUUACAGUUUCCAUCUUCAUACACCAAAACUCAUUUCUAUUUUUAUAAACUAUCAGAAGGCUCUUACUGAUACCUUACGUUUCUUCGGCCAGAGGUAAACGGAAUGGUGUAAUUCAUAACACAAGAACAGGUUCAAAUAAUACAGCACUUAUCUUAAUAUCAGUCCAGCGUUCGGAUGUCCUUCUUAAGCAGCUGUAUUUUUAUAGUACUGAUAAGUCGCCAAUGAAGUCAUCACACAGUUGAUAAUUGUACUUGAUCACUUCUCUUCUUUGCAAGUAGAGUGGAAGACUUACAACGUUAGGUUCUAAGAUCGGAGCUCGUUGGAAAUUCUCUUUGAAUUAUUAGAGGCGGCAUGACCCACUCCAUGGCAAGGUCACCACUCAGUCCCGUGGCGAUGGCAACGUUUUCACUGAUGGAUUUGAGAGAAUACGCUGCACCUACUGUACAUAGAUAGCUGCUUUCAUCGUUUGCUAUUGCUUUAUGGCUCAUCACUAGCGCUUUGCCGGAUGCCUGCAAAGCCUGCAAGUCGAGAGGGACGAAGAGCCCGGGGCCAGCGCCAAUAUCAAGACCUGCGCUUGAGGGUGAUUGCCAACUCGUUGUUAGGGAAAGGGUCCAUGGUGAUGGAAACUGUCGAGAUAGUUCACGGAAGCUUGAUUUCCUUGUAAAUGAUUCGACCGAGAUGGCUCCUAAAGUUUUGCAGAACCUGUAUCACAACGUUUCGAAGGCUCUCUUGCGAUCUCGGCACUCAUUUCCUUCAAUACACCUGUGUAUAUAUUGUAGUUAAAAAUCUCCAUGUGAUGGAAUAAGAGAAUUUUGUAACUACGAUCAUUACCACGAAGCUUUAACUUAUCGUAUUGUUGGGAUUGAUGGCGUUUAUUAUACCGCCAGCAAUACCUGUGGCAUUGUUAAGUCAAGUCUACCACGCCCUUCUAUACUUAGAUGACAGCCUGUUGUACUGAUAGCUAAUUUUGCAUCUGAUAAUGUUUCUAUAAGUGAUUAAAUCAUCCAAUCUUGCCUAAUAGCCUGAAAGCUCUAGUUCGUAGCUGUUAUCAUGCUACUACAGUAUUUUUAAGCUUUGCUGUCUAGCUUUCAUCCAUUAGUCUAUAAGGAUUCGAGAUAACUUUACCAACCAUUUUCAAAUGCCGUUGCGUACGCAUGGCGAGUUUUGGUUUUUAUUAGCCUCGGGCGUAUUUUCCUUCAGUAAGUGAUAGCAUAUCAUCUUUUCCGUACCGGAAGACAUCACUCGCUUGUUUCAUCGUUUAAGCUAAGAAACAAUACUCUAAUUAAUUAUCGUAGGAAACACAGGGAGCGAAGAAUCCCUACGUACAUCCUAAAUGACCGCUAGACAGCACCACUUUUUUAUUAAUUAGUAUUAUUCGCAAAAAGUGACCUUAGACUCAUCGCACAAUGCUAUUGUUAUGUACAUAUUUAAGGUGUUUUUUGCAUGUUACAAUACGGCCUUGAUUACUAGAAGUCGAGUAGCUGCAGUUCACGCCCAUAGCCAUUACACUUCAAAUUAAAGUCUUCGAGAGAGAGAGAGAGAAAGGUUGUAGAAAACGAUUAUGAGAAAUUUAGUACAACUUGCAUUUUCUGCUUGUAUUUGAUUUAUCUUUGGUUUUCAUCUUUCUCUUGAUAACUGAACAUUUUUUGGGUGUCUUGCAGCUUGGUCACACACCCCGGUGAAAAAUGAGAAGAGUAGGUACAGUACCUUGUUCCCCUUGACUGCCAUUUUGUACAACUUUUGAAAUAAGAACGAUGAGUUUGUCCCAUACCGGAUGUUAGCCGGUCACAUAGCGAAAGGGGUCUGUUGCCCUUGAAGACUGACGAAAUUUCAUUUUCUUCAUUUCUGGUCAAAGCUGCUUCCCACCUUUAUUUGCAGCAACUUCGAAAAUCCAGUGAGAUGUUCGAUACUGGUAAAACAGAAAGUUUAUUAUUACGACCUGGUUCAUAACUAAUUUAAUGAAGUUCUGUAUCCGCACGGUAAUGCUUUUUCUUCAGACUUCCAUUUAUAGCAAUAAGAUCAUUCUUGGUUUCUCCCUUUAGUUUUAUUUCCAUGAAACUCCUGAUGUGUCCUAAGCUCAACACUGAUGAAGAGAACAAAGAAACAAGUCUUCUAAAACCAUGAGGCCAUCACUUCCCUUCCGUCAGUAUCCAUCUUCCAGUUGAAAUGUCUUAUUCAGAAUUCUUAUGUGUAGUACUCGUUGGAGGAAGUGUUUCUAAGCGAUAUAUGGUAGCCAUAAUGAAUAGGACAUUAUAGUUCCAUCUUUUAGGAGCUGCUGUUUGAACUCUUCAUUGUCAUCGUAGUACAAUGAUAUGCUAACUGCCUCUCUUCACAACGCUCAUGAAAAGCCUCCAGUACUUCAGAACGUCUGUUUUGUUCUGCCAUGAUAAUAAAAAGAAUACAGCUGAAAAAAUUAAGCGCUGCUGAACCUCUUCAUACCUUCUAGUUCACUGCGUCAAACCUUUACUUGUCAGAGAUCAGCAGUUGUCAGAUUCCUCUGUUUCUCGUUGUCACUCCCCUAAGACUAAUAGUCUUGUGGAAUUCACUCCCUGCUUCGCUUUCCCUUAGUUCUGUAACCUAAAGUCUUUCAGGAAGCAGGACCAUCAAAUCCAAGGAGAUAAGUUACCAUUUUCUGCGGUCUCGGUUUCAGGCCUGCCUUCCAUUCAAGUUUUGUGUAAGAUUUAUCGACUUCGAAGCUCUACCUCUCACAUAUCUUCCCUGCGGCGCAUGUGCUGUGCUGACAUAUGGACAAAAGUGUCCUCUGCACACCUUUUGUCCUAACCAGAAACAUUACCACUUUUUCAUUGACAGUGACAUCCAAAUCUGCUAAUUUGUGAUAACCACUACUACUCAGCCCAGUUGAAUUGGUGGGUAUUCAUCCUCUGAAUUCUUGCAAGUAUUUUCUAGUUCUUUGGUCAGGAGCAAUUGUUUAAGUAAUAAAAUUAUUUCCGUAUUUAUUAGCAAACUUAAGUCAAAUUCAAACCCUAACAGCUUCUAUGCUGUUGCCCUCUUCCUUUGUAAAUUGAUAAUAUCGUUUACUGAAGAGCCUUCCUUUGUAACCCAAUGUAAUAGUUUUUUUCUCCAUAGUAGGAAAUGCUGUGUUCAAAAAUUAUACCCAGAUACUAUGUAAAGACUGUCCACCAUGUCAUACUGAUUGAAUGAAGAUAUAUGUGUGAGUUGCAUCCAUUUCAUCGUGAUUUCUGUUGGUCGUUCAUCACAGUACAGUUGUUACUUCUGUUACCGUUCAUCUCCAAAAUGUAAUAUUUGAUUCCGCCCUCAUGGAGAAUGUUCGCGUACAUGUUAGUAUAGAAUGUGAACAGUGUGCAUAAGCGACAUGUGUUCUGUGCACGUGAUGCUUGAAUGUAUCCCAUUGUUAUUGACUUAUUUUCUUUAGGUUAGUUAAAUUGGUUAAGGUCAAUAAUCCUGCUGUUGAAAAAUUCUCCUGUGCUGUAUUAGUCACUGACUUGUAAUGGUGAUGGCAUCCUUCACUUGUAAGUUACAUGUUAAAUUAUUUUAUGGGUAAUUCAAAUGGAUUUUAUGGAUUCAAAACGAUAUCUGUGUAUUAGUUCACCAGCAAUUGUUAUCUUACUGUGUGAAUAUAGUUUUUUUGUUUUCGUAUUCGUCUGUGUACUACGUUUGAAGUGAUGUCUUUUGUCAGGUAUGCAAGCCGUUCCAUUGGCAUAGAAUUACAACCGCAAGAGUCUGCAGCCGUCGUUGUUUACAGAAUGCCGUGAUGAAACCAUGACCUUAGUUAUGCCCUCCAUCCUCAGUUAGAUAUUACGACAUUAGAUACUAAAAUGUUUUUAUGCAAGGUCGUUCUUCACUCUGGUACGUUAGCCACCUGUAAGGCUUCAUAUAGACCAGCCUCGAAGGAACGAAAAUUUCCCAGACAUUAAAUCAUUGCUUAUCCAUGCAAUUAGUAGAUGGCACACGGUAGCCGUAUUACUAAUAUCUGUUUUGUCCUACAUUGUAAUGACACGAUAUAUAUAUAUAUAUAUAUAUAUAUAUAUAUAUAUAUAUAUAUAUAUAUAUAUAUAUAUAUAUAUAUAUAUAUUUAUAUAUAUAUUAAAAAUUUUAAACAUCAAGCCAUUUCCCUCCUGGGAUAAUAACUCAACAGUCACUGCCGCAUUCAUCCUUUAAUCACUGAGUCCCGGUUCAUCCCGCAUGAAGGAAACUUCUACAAAAUUAUCCACUCCAUACUCCUACAUGUGCUGUACCAUUCACCUCUCCCCUGCAUGAACCCUAGCACUCCCAGUAUACUAGGGCCCUUGUACUUCAUUCUUACCACAUGACCAAGCCAUCUCAAAAACACUUUGCUCCGCCCUUUCACCUACACUUAACAUUUUGCCAACUUUAACAUAUCUAAACUUCUCACCCUUUUAAGUCUUCUUAUACCACAUACAUCACACCAGCAGUUCAUCCCAACAGCUUUAACCCUUUUCAUUUGGAUUUAACAUCAAUACCCCAUUUUCAUAUAUGAUAGAUGGUUCAACAGUCCCACCAUACACUCCCACCUUCGCCUCCAGAAACAAUUCAAGUCUCUUCUCAGUCUUUUGCUGGCACCCCUUCUCUCAUCCUACCGUCAUUCUCUAUACCUAUGACAAAUACUUAUACAAAUCGUCCACUUCAGUCUACUACCAUGUCAACAUUCAUCGCUCCAUUUUCUUGAUCACCAUAUUUUUGCUCUCUCUCUCUCUCUCUCUCUCUCUCUCUCUCUCUCUCUCUCUCUCUCUCUCUCUCUGUGGUGUUAU